UUCAGUGUAUGUAACAGUAACUAACAUCGAUCCACGUCUCAAACUAUGGAUUGGUGGGUCCUUGAAUUGGGAGGAACCGGGCCUGGAAAGGUCUUGAAUGUUUAAACAAAAAUGUUCCUGGAUAAAAAAGGUGAAAUAUUUUCAUCCAUUAUGAAGCUGUAGAUACGGCAGAUGUACACCAGCCCUCUGAGAGCUCUCAUCUCAAGCCUCUCUUCUAAUAUUUUGGAUUUGCUUACUCAUGACAGCGCUCGACUGUUAAGUGAAGGGAUUGAACGUUCGUGUUUAUGCGCCUCGGUUGUUAGUCACAGAGGUAACAGGCCGAUCUGGGAGUGUAAAGUUAUGAGUUACUGAUACGACACACAGUCCAACGUCCAGGUCGAGGUGAUAGACCAGAUACUGAACUGUAACGUAAAACUGUAAAACAGCGAGCUUUCAGUGAUUCAGCCGGACUGCGGCGUGUGUGUCUGUGCCGGAGUUCGGCUGUUUUGUGGGUCUUCCGAUGCUUUGAAGGCCUGCUGCUGCUGCUGCUGCUGCUGCUGCUGCUGCUGUGGUGAUGUAAUCAGGUCAGAAAAACAGGAGAGGUGGAGCCCCUCCCUGCUGUCUGACAACUCAGAGAGCAGGAACACACUUGUGGACGUCACUGAAGUUGCCAUCUGAACUGACCUCUAACGAUCCACCUUGCCUGAGGCGACGCAGUGGGCUGGCCCGCUGUUAGACUUUACCCCAUUUUUUUUUUUGCAUCCUGUGAAACGCGACUGCCAUCAUGCAAACGUCAUCGCUCCGCCGGCAGAUGAAAAACAUGGUCAACAACUACACGGAGGCCGAGAUCAAGGUCCGAGAGGCCACCUCCAACGACCCCUGGGGUCCUCCAAGCUCGCUCAUGUCCGAGAUCGCGGACCUGACCUUCAACGUGGUGGCCUUCACCGAGGUCAUGGGGAUGAUCUGGAAGCGGCUCAACGACCACGGUAAAAACUGGCGACAUGUUUAUAAAGCUCUGACCCUGAUGGACUACCUGAUCAAAACGGGCUCUGAGCGCGUGGCCCAGGAGUGCCGGGAGAGCAUUUACAGCGUCCAGACGCUGAGAGACUUCCAGUACAUAGACCGAGACGGCCGCGACCAGGGCGUGAACGUCCGGGAGAAGGCCAAGCACCUGGUGUCCCUGCUGAGGGACGAGGAGAAGCUGAAGAAGGAGAGGAGCCAGGCUCUGAAGACCAAGACGCGCAUGGCGGGGGUCACCAGUGGCUUAGGCUCUGGAUCCAUGCCUCCUCCAUACCCGGGUCGUCGCAGCAGCCAGCCAAGCCGAGGCAACGUGGACGAGCACGGUGUGUGCAGAGGCUCACCAUCGUCCUUUUACUCCUCCUCUUCCUCUCCUCGAGUCGCUCCAGACCUGGAGCAAGCUCGACCCACAACCAGUGGAGAAGAGGAGCUGCAGCUGCAGCUGGCCUUGGCUAUGAGCCGAGAGGAAAGUGAAAAGCCACCUCCUACAGUGGACAUUGAUGAACAGACCCAGCUCCAGAUCGCUAUGACCCUCAGCAAGGAGGACGCCAUGAAGCCAUCCCAGCCUGCACCUCCACCACUGGAACUGGAUGAAGAAAGCCAGCUGCAGUUAGCCUUGAGCCUCAGCAAAGAGGAGCACCAACAGGAGCAGCUCAGCCGCCAAGGAGACGAGUCGAUGCUCCUGAAAGCUCUGGAGGAGAGCAAACGUGAGAUGGAGACUAAAGGCGGGACCGCCUUCAUGGACUUGGUAGAUGUUUUCGCGGUGCCCUCAGAUCAGCCUCCUAGUGACCCACGAUGGAGAAACGCCCCACACCAAGCAGCUGCCCGCCUGGGGGGCACAGACCCCUGGGACUCCCUGGAAGGCGGCACUGCUCCGAGAGCGGAUCCAGCCUGGAUGGCACCUCCGACUUCGAACAGCCCCCCUCCACCAUGGGAGCCCCCAUCGGACCCCUGGGAUGGUCCGCAGAACAACAUCUCAAGCCUCAACGCUGCAGGCCGAGAAUGGGCCUUCCCUGCCAACACAGCCUCCUCGGGAGUUGAUCCGUUCUCAGCACCGUCAGAGAGAACAGCACCCAGGGCACCUUCUCCUCGAGCUGGAAGCCCCUCAGAUGGCGAUCUGUUCGACGAGGCCAUGGAUGGAGGUCAGGUGAAUGUAAAUGGGCGAGCGGAGGGCAGCCCUGAGAUGUUCGACCUGUCACGUCUCGGAGAAAACCUGGCUGCCCCCAGCCCUCGUAAAUGCCGGACACCUGAGACCUUCCUGGACCCCACAGCAGCUUCACUGGUAAACCUGGACGCCUUGAUCCCAGUGAAUCCUCAAGCCAAGACCACCAACCCCUUUCUAUCAGGCCUGACUGCUCCUUCAGCCACCAAUCCAUUCCAAACCGAGACGCCCAAACUGACUCUGAACCAACUGGGCGCCACCUCAUCGGCCUCCCACGCCACAUCUCUUCCAUACAGCGCCUCCCUGCCCCUGCCCAUGAGCCACCAGCCUGCCAGCCUCCCUUCAUCGCUCACUCACCCCACCCAGCCCGGGCUGGACCUGCCAGGGAACCUCCCCGAGCCCUUGUUGCCCUUCUCCACCUCAGUCAGUGCUGAUGGAUCACAGGCUGCACAGAGCAGUCAGAACCCUUUCUUAUGAGGACCAACAGAAACUGGAGAAAAUAUCUUAGCAAAAAAAAAAAAAAAAAGGAGAAUGCCUUUAGGUUAUGCUCUUGAAAUAUAACUCUCACCGCAGACCGGACUGCAGCCCGGAGGACCUGUAUGAAACCCUAUUCUUAGUUGUUUUUAUAUUGUGGUAUAAUACAGUAACCCUUAGAUUGAUGCAAGCUGGUUCUGCUCUUCACUUUCGACUAUCUCUCCUGCUCCUCUCUGCCAUGAAUGCAGUAACACCUUUAUAUCAGCAACUAUUACUGUCAUGCUAAACUUCUCCAAGGCCACAGCUUAUCGCAGCUUGACUUCACAUCAUACCAACGUACACGAAAGCACAGUUUGAUAAUAUUUUUGUCAUUUUCUCUUCGCCAUAAUUACCAGGCAGAACGUAUUACAGCUUUUCAAGUAGUCAAUGAGUCUCCUGCUCACUCAGCUCUUUAUGUCUGACUGGCUCAGAAGGCCACUGCUGCUGUCAUAAACUCUGGCUCCAGAAAAUAUGGAUUUCUUUUAAGACUUGGAGGCCUGUCCAGUUCUGGAAAAAGUUGCUGCAUCACCAUGGUUGUGGGGUUUCUGUUGGACGGGACCUGAUGACAAACAUCGCUGUACUCAUGAUUUUACUGUAGUGGAAUUAAUUCCUGGGGUUAACUGAAUGAAAUCACAGUAGGACUGUACAAUACAUGCUCCUGGAUUUACUAUAUGCAAGGCAACAUUAGAACAUGUAUGACUCAUGAGUUUUAUUCAUUGCUUGUGAACCACUGACUCUCAUCAAAUAUAAGGGUAUGAUAAUUA